GAACAGUUGAACUUUAACAGUUUACAAAACUAAACGCGAUUACAACAAUACAAAAAAAGUUAAUAUAAUAAAAAAACAUUAAACAAUUACUUAUUGUGAAACGCGUUAGUGGAAAUUUAUAUGCGCUUGCGCAUUGCAUCGGUUGUAAUUUGAAAAUAUUGAAAAAUAUUUUUUUGGCAAAUAACACGCACAUUUAAACAUUUUUUGGAUUAUAACAAAAAAGUUAAAUAAAUAACUUAAUAAUGCAGUCAUUUAACCUUUUACGUUUCAAUAUUUGGCAUUUAAGACUUUUGGGUCUGGUGUAUUUUUUGAGUUUUCUAAAUAGUUCAGAAAGUUUUGAAUAUUUUAAAGAACAACCCUCCUUUUUGAAACCCUGUAAAAUCUAUCAGCCUGGAUUUACAGCAUGUUCGACCGAAAACACCCAAAGAUUAUUAGCAGAGCUAGGAAAGGGUGUUCCGGAAGUAAAUGAAAUUAUUGGUUCAAUUGAUCCUAUAAAAUUGCAACAAAUUCAUUUUAAACAGGAUAAUACAGAAGCGGCUUCACUGAGGGCUGAUCUAAGCGAUUUAACAGCGACAGGAAUAAAAGAUGUGGUUAUUAAGGAAAGCAAAGUCAGCAAAAAAGAUUUCAGUUGGUUGACCAAAAUUUUUAUGCCCAAAUUCAAACUAGAAGGCCAUUACAAAAUGGAUGGUCGUGUUUUGCUUUUGCCUUUAAAUGGCGAAGGACAUUUUGUUAUUGAAAUUGAUGGCAUGGACAUUAUUAUGCGCACAAAGACUAAUCUUAUUGAGAAAGGCGGUUUUACCUUUUACAACAUUACCAGCAUUCAAGUAGAUUUGGAAAUAUCAAAACUUCAUACACAAUUCGAUGAUCUAUUUGGUGGCAAUAAUAAAGAAGUCGAACGUAGCACUAAUGAAUCAUUUAAUAAGAAUUGGAAAGAAUUCUUUGAGGCUCUAAGACCACUUAUAAACGAAAUGGUUGAAAGAGUCCUAUUCGAUAUUUUACAUCCGGUAUUUUUAAUAAUACCAGCUAAUUUUAUGAUCGAAGAUAUACCUAGUCCAGAGAAGUUUUAUGGUAGUAAGCAGUGAGAGAUAUUAAAUACUUGCUAAUAUAGGUGAUAAGUGCUAUUUUUUUUAGUUUGUAAAAUUGUUUUCUAAAAAAAAAUAAAUUUUCUCAGAAAUCACAGCGUAUUACAGAUCAAUAAUAAAUUUUUAAAAAAUAUA